CGGGCAGCGGCAGGGUGGUUCAGCGGGUUCGGAUACGUUAGAGCAACUGCUGUGAUGCGACGUACUGAGGAUACGACAUUUGAAAGCAAUUGGCGUGAGGUACAAGGUCGCAGCGUUUGCUUAAUUUGAUAUUUUGCUGUCACUUGCACCAUGAUGAGUUUGUCGCGAAGGGUGAAUUCAGUCAUUGGCGGCACCAGAAAAGUUCGUUAUCGACAGUCCCUGGUCGUGUCGUCGGCAGUGACAUUCAUAAACACACAUUUGCGCACUUUAGGUUUUCGAGGCUUGCAAGAGGCACAAAUAGCGCGCCUUUCGAGCAACUAUCUGGGGACUCGUGCUUCAAAACGGCUUUACAGUCAAAUUAAUUCUGAAAUAAAGGCUGUUAGAGGGCUCUUAAAGAGGUCUGGGAUUCUCGCCGCAAACCAUCGUAUAAUUUCUAAUCUAGGCUGCGCAAGAUCUUUGCAUACAAGUUGUAUUCUUAGACAAGAUAAUAAUGGCAAGAAUAACAAAGAUAAGGAAGAUGAAGAGUCCAAGGUUUCGCUGCUUGCGAAGGCAGCCAUUUGGAUGAUGACAGCCUAUAUAGUCAUCACACUAAUGUCCCUCCUGUUCCCGACAAGCAACCAACCAGACGUGCUGCGCUAUGUAUCAUGGAACGAGUUUUAUCACCAAAUGCUGGCAAAAGGAGAGGUUGAAGAAAUCAUUGUGAGACCAGAGCUUGACUUGGUGACCAUCUACUUGCAUGAUAAUGCUAUCAUUAAAGGGAGAAAGGCUGAGCACAAGACUUUUCACAUGAACAUUGUUGACGUGGAACAUUUUGAAGAGAAGCUGCGUAUGGCUGAGAAAAGCCUUGGCAUUCAUGCUGAUGCUGGAGUGCCACUGGUGUAUGAACGCAACCAGGAGAGCACAUGGCUUCUGCUAGCCUCCCUCAUUGCGGUGGCCCUGAUGAUCCUACUCAUGUUUCGAAGUGGCACCAUCAAGACGCCUCAAGCAAUGGACUUCUUUUCUCAGAUGGGCAGAGCCCGUUUUACAAUUGUAGACCCACUUACUGGAUCUGGCAAAGGUGUGCGUUUCAAGGAUGUCGCAGGACUGCAAGAAGCCAAGCAAGAGAUAAUGGAAUUCGUUGACUAUUUGAAAAAACCGGAACGCUACACUUCUUUAGGCGCCAAGAUACCUAAGGGCAUUUUACUCUUAGGACCACCUGGCUGUGGAAAGACAAUGUUAGCCAAAGCAGUUGCUACAGAGGCCAGUGUGCCAUUUUUGGCUAUGGCUGGAUCCGAAUUCAUUGAAAUGAUUGGAGGCCUUGGAGCAGCACGUGUCCGGGACCUUUUCAAAGAAGCAAGAAAGCGAGCACCUUGUAUUAUCUACAUAGAUGAAAUCGACGCUAUUGGCCGAAAACGAAGCAAUGUUGGCACUGAAGGAUCAACUGGGGAAGAAGAACAGACAUUAAAUCAGCUUUUGGUAGAAAUGGAUGGAAUGGCCACAAAGGAAGCUGUCAUUCUGCUGGCAUCAACCAAUAGAUCUGAGGUCUUAGACAAGGCUCUGCUGAGGCCUGGUCGAUUUGACCGCCACAUUUUGAUUGACUUGCCUAGUCUGGCAGAGCGAAAAGAGAUAUUUGAGCAACACUUGAAAGUAAUCAAUCUGGACAACCCCCCUUCACAUUACUCCCAACGUCUCGCUCAGCUCACUCCAGGGUUCAGUGGUGCAGACAUUGCCAACGUGUGCAAUGAAGCUGCGCUUCAUGCUGCACGCAACAAGGAGAAGGUAGUCUCAUCAGGGAACCUGGAGUAUGCUGUUGAGAGAGUUGUUGGAGGAACAGAGAAAAGGAGUCAGGUUAUGUCUUUGACUGAGAAGGAGGUGGUUGCCUUCCAUGAGUGUGGUCAUGCUCUUGUCGGCUGGUUGAUGGAACACACAGAUGCCCUCAUGAAGGUAUCAAUUGUGCCACGGACAUCAAAUGCCUUGGGAUUUGCACAAUACUUGCCCUCAGACCAAAAGCUUUAUUCGUAUGAGCAGUUGUUCCAGAAAAUGUGCAUGGCACUUGGAGGAAGGGUCGCUGAGUCAGUAACAUUCAACCGUGUGAGCACAGGUGCUGAAGAUGAUCUAAAGAAAGUGCGGAAGAUGGCUUAUAGCAUGAUUCGCCAGUAUGGUAUGGACCCAGUAAUAGGUCCACUCUCAUUUCCUGCUGAAGAUGAGAGCCAAACUAUGGUUGGAAAGAAGCCGUAUAGCCGACGCCUAGCAAACACCAUUGAUGAGCAAGCAAGGCUUGUGGUUGCCAAGGCUUACAAGGAAACUGAAAAAAUAUUAAAGGAAAACAGCGACAAGCUGAAAUUGUUGGCUAAAGAGCUCCUCAAGAGAGAAGUCCUCAACUAUGCAGAUAUUGAAGCCCUAAUCGGGCCACCCCCAUUUGGCAAGAAACAGCUCAUUGAAGUUCUUGACCUGGGCCCCAAUUCUUCUGACAAGAAGAGCAAGUCAUCUCCCGAGAGAGAAGGGUCACCUGGAAAGCCUCAGCAGAACUUGUCUGGUGCUACUGCUACCACAGCCUAGAAAGUUACAUUGAUAGUCAUACAGUUUUAAUUUUGCUUAGUUCGGUUUAGUUCAUUGAGCAAUUCUGUGUAUAGUCUGUAAUUAAAUGUUUAGAACAGUA